AAGCAUUUGUCUCAAGCCUUUGCUUCCCCAGCAGCCAUCGCUCGGCACUCCCCGCUCCCCGGCGUCACCCACUGUAAAAAGGUGCCCAUCCCUCCAUAACGCCACCUGCCGAAAGGAAACAACACCAUGGCCACUGCGAACCACGCUGUCUCAAUCCGCAUCCGCGUGAUCAUUGACUUCAUGUGCCCGUGGAGCUUUAUCGGCAUGCGUUCUCUGCAGCGGGCGAAGGAGAGGGUUCUGCUGAGGCAGCAAGAAGCGGCCACAAGCGGGAGUUCCGAUCAUGGGCGCAUUCCGACGGAGUUGCGAUUUCUGCCGAUCGAGUUUGUCCCAUUCGAGUUCGACCCUCCAGGCACCUACCCGCCGGAAGGGAUCGAUUGGAAAGAGUAUUGCUUGGGCUACGGGUCCCCAAAGGCGGAAUUCUUGUUGGAGCAGAAGUUGCCACGCGCGUUCGCAUUGGGCAGAGACGUGGGUAUUCGGUUCAAGAUGGAGCGCCGCAUUGUCGAUACGGUCGACGUAAACACUGCACUACACUUGCUCGUCUCGAACGCAACCCAGUAUGGCAACGCUGAUGCAGCCGAAACUUUUGUGGUGGACUCCCUCAGCGCUCACUUUGAGGCCUUGGAGAACCCCAACGAAAGGCGGGGGCUGGAGAGGCGAAUGGUUAACUCUGUCGUCAGUAAGGACGCAGCUGCGGAGGAGAACAAGGCGAAGAUCAUACUCGCGGACCUGGGCACGGCUCUGAAUCAUCCCGAGAAACUUACUCAAAACCAGAAGCGCACGGAUCGCGCACGACGUGUGUUGCGGAGCGGGGUUCCGCAGUUCGAGGUCUAUUGUGACGCGAGAGGAUUCGAGGAUCUCGAUCUCUGUAGACACCCGAGGUUCACAGAUAUGUCGCCCGUCUCGCCAGAAUAUUUCGAACAGAUGUUUGACACAUGUUUGACCAUGGCGCACGAGCAGUCAAAAGGGACCACUCAUAGCGUGGGCAACGAAGAUUUGUGAUCCAGCUCGCCUGAAAAAAAUGUGCAUCAAGUCAAGGUGGUGGGGGUGUCUGUGCAAGGGUAUUGGCGCAGCUGCGCGAUCGAGCUCACCUGGAUGAUCUCCGAAUCUUGCACUGACAGUUGUAGCGGAGAGAAGCGACGCAUGCUGGUGGCGCCGUGUGCGCUUCCAUGUGGCAACCCAGCAGGGUUCGUGUAAUCAUGGCGAAGGGCAUGGAGAGUUGCGACAUGAUGCUACCACAUGGUGAGUUUUUGUACGUCACAACUCUUCAUAGCCUGCUCCAGGAUUACUUCAACUGCAACUGCGAGCAUCAACGUUUGCAGCUUCACCUGCAGGUGAACAAGUGAGCUCGAUGUCGCGUGCCCAGUGCAGGGCUGGCUGAGCCAUGUCUCCCGAGGUGCGACUCGGCGUCGGGCGCGGCGCACGUACACAGGUUAUCAGACGAGGAAGUUGGGGCAUCGGCAAUGUUGUACGUACGAUCUUCUCUGGAGGUCAGUUGCUGGCCUCGUGCCGUGGCCGCCGCAAUUCCCGACUCCCCCCACACACUCGCCCCGCCUGACUGAUCCGACUGAUCGAUUGCCACGCCAUGUGCCAAGCGGUGCGCGACCAAGAGCACCAGUGGAAGAGGAGUGCGGUCAGGAGCUCUGGCCUAGCGUGUCGCGCCGACGCGUCUGGCCCACCAAGCUUUGGCGCGGCACGCCACCUCCCC